CGCGGGCAUGUAUGUAUCAUCGGGGCGUCCAUCUUUCCUGGUUCCAGCCCUGUCAGAGACAACCAUGAGAGCCAUCUUUGCCUAUGCGUCUAUGAUGCGGUCCCGAAAGCUGCCGCUCUCAUGUAAGUGGCAGGGUUAGGGUUAUGUUCCUACCAUCCCAGCGGUACAAGUGGGGGCCACUUUACGCGCGACGCGCUCUGAGAUUCGCUCGACGCGUCCUGUCCAAAAUUCAAUGCCACCAGGGUCCCUCCCCCAACAGACAACAUUCAGCAUCGCCAUCAAGUCUCUCUGUGCCAAUCCAACAACGGCUCUUAUACUAAACUGACAGACAAUAAAGUCUUUCAAGCACCACAAAACAAAACAAUGCCUCAUUCAGAAUCAACCCCCGAACAACAAGACCCCCCAGCUCGAACUGAGCUCACCCCGACAAUGGAAGACACCACCCUCAACCUAGGCAACGGCGGUCUAACAGACGAGGACCUCCUCAUGGCCGACGUCGACGAAGUUGAAUCCCCACCCGUAGUCCCCCCCGCCGCCGUCGAGCAACAACCACCACCCUCCAGCGCCCCAGCAGAAGAAGACGCCCCCGUCGAAAUCAAGCAGGAAACCAAAUCCGACAUCAAACUCGAGGAUCUGUUCGACGGGAUGGAUUCCGACUCGGACGAUGAGUUCUCUGGCAAGAACAACCACACCAACAAAGAUCUCGUAACAGGCCAAGUACCGCCUUCAUCUCCAAUCCCAGCCGCCCCCUCCGGCGGUGGUUCCAACCCCGACCUUCUCCGCGCCUUCUACCAGCUCCUCUUCCCCUGGCGUCACUACUUCCAAUGGCUCAACCACUCCCCCACCCCCACCCCCGAUUUCAAACACCGCGAGUUCUCCCUCUGGCUUUCCGGGGGUGUCGUCUUCCGCUUCCAAUCCUACGCCACCCUCGACCUCCUCCGCAAAGACGUCUUCAAGCACCUCCCCGAGCGCAUCGAGAUCGGCCCCAUCUACACAGCCAACCCCCGCGAUCGAAAGACGUUUCGCAACUCGAGCGCCUUCAAGCCAGUGGCGAAGGAGCUCUGCUUUGACAUCGAUCUGACGGACUACGACGAUGUUCGGACGUGCUGCGACAAGGCGAACAUUUGUGGGAAGUGCUGGCGGUUCAUCACCAUGGCGAUCAAGGUGCUGGGGGUGGCGCUGAAAGAGGACUUUGGGUAUGAGCAUGUCAUGUGGGUGUACAGCGGGAGGAGAGGCGCGCACGCUUGGGUCUGUGAUCGCAAGGCGAGGGGGUUGGAUGAUCACAAGAGGAAGGCGAUUGGGAAUUAUUUCUCGGUGGUCAAGGGGGGGGAGAAGACGGGGAAGAGGGUUAAUGUCAGGAGGCCUUUGCAUCCGCAUCUGGCGAGGAGUUUGGGGAUUCUCAAGGAGCACUUUUUGACGGAUGUGCUUGAGGGGCAGGACCCGUGGAGGGAGGAGGAUAGGGCGGAGAAGCUGUUGAUGUUGCUUCCUGAUGUUAAGCUGAGGGUGGCGCUGAAGGAGAAGUGGGAGGCUAAUCCGGGGCGGUCGUCGGUGGUCAAGUGGGGGGAUAUUGAUUCGGUGGCCAAGACGAUGGGGAGUGUGAAUACGAAGGAUUUGUUGGAGGCGAAGCAGGAUAUCGUGCUGGAGUAUACGUAUCCACGGCUGGAUAUUUUGGUUACGGAGCAAAAGACGCAUUUGUUGAAGAGUCCGUUUGUGGUGCACCCUGGGACCGGGAGGGUUUGUGUGCCGAUUGAUACGGAUGAUCUGGACGGGUUUGAUCCGUUGGGUGUGCCGACGAUUGGGGGGUUGGUGAAUGAGAUUGAUACGGCGGGUGGGGUGGUGAAGAAGGAGGGGGAUGAUGAAGACAGAAGGGGGGCCGAGUGGGAGAGGACGAGUAUCAAGCCUUAUAUUGAUCAGUUCAGGGGGUUUGUGCAUGGGCUGUUGAGGGAGGAGAGGGAGUUUGCGAGGGUGAAGAGGGAGAGGGAGGAGGAGGGGGGCCUGGACUUUUAG